GAGUGACCACCAGGUGGGCUAGGAUGUUGAUAAUGAGACAAUCUCUCUCUCCAUGUAUAUGUAUACACACACACACACACACACACACACACACACACACACACACAUACAUAUAUAGAAAGCAAGUAGCCUAACAUUUAUACAGACAUAAAUUCCUUCCCUUUGGCUUUAUAUUAGUAUACUUGUUCGAGGCUCUUUCAGUACUUCUGUGUGUGUUUCCAUUUUCCUUCCUAAUAAGCACAUCUUGUCUAGAGUGGCUCCAAGAGCUGCUUUGGUCAGGAAACAUCCCCACGCCACAAAGCCAGAGAACUGGGAGAGGCCAUUUCAUUACCUCUCAUUGUCCCCUCUAGGUCUGCCGGGUCAUCUCAGGGACCCUGUCCAACAUUCUAGUUCUGAGACAGAAUUCUCCAUUCUGUGUCAGAUUGCCAGAGCCUCUGGCUGAGAACUGCUGAGAUGAAAUUGAAGCCAGGGUCUUUUCUGUGGUACCUUUACCUGGACAAAAUCUACUGUUUGUUGUCUUUGAGAAAUGUGAAGGCCUUGAUGGAGUAUUUUCACCUUCUGGACGCACACCGAAGGAACACCUUGAAUGAUGUGCUGUUCUUUCAUUUUCUCCACCACGUGACUAACAUGAAAAUCACACAGAUCAAGAUGAUAUUUGACAUGCUGGACUGGACGGCUGUAGGAGAGAUUGGUUUUGACCAGUUCUAUGUGUUGGUUUGCAUAGUGCUGUCACAUCAGAACCAUCUGGAAAAUCAGUUUAUGUACCGCCAUUCCCGGCCGGUUUUUGACCUGCUCGACUUGGAUGGGGAGUUGAAAAUAGAUGCAUCCCAUUUUGAAAUGUACAGAUUUCUCUUCAAUAUUAAAAAGCAGGAACUCCGAGACCUUUUCCAUGACUUUGACAUCACAGGUGACCGAGCCUCAAGCCUCAGAGCAGGCCAGACCGAGUCACCCGUGUCCAACCUCUGACGGAGUCACCUAGGCUCUCGCCACAAAACUAGAAAUGACAAGCUAACAGGCCACAUCACAAGAGCCCCCAACAGCAGUCCUAGGAUACCAGCUGUCUCUGAAGACGCUAUCCACUGGAUUCCUUUUCUAAGUAAAAUACAUCACAGGAUCCGACCAGCUGAGUGAUGCUCAUUUGCUAGGAGGGCUACCUUCCUCCCACCAUGGAGAAAGAUGAAUGAAAAUUACCGAGUAUCUUCAGGAAAAGAGGCCACUGUCUGCUCUAAUCAAGAGGCUGGUAUCCCGCCAAAUGGGGAAGGCCCUUCGAAGACACCUAUAAAAGGUGGACAGAUUUCAUUGUUGUUAAAGACAGGAACUCACUAGACCAAGGUGCCUUCCGGCUGAGUCUGCCUCUACCUCCCAGUCCAGCCACACCUGGUGAGACUCAGAUUUUACUGCUCAGCAGCACACAAGCAGUACUGGCUGAGCCACCUUCCCCAUCCGGGUCAACCCAUUCAAGACCAAGACCACAGGGCUGCUGAGGCAUGUGGUGGAGCAGGGCUUAAGUCUGGUGGUCAGGAUCUCACUACCGGUUUGAAAGAGGAAGAAAUCUCCCAGGUCCGCAGAGGAAGAGCUAGGCGGUGGUUGCGCACGCCUUUAAUCCCAGCACUCAGAGGAGGCAGAGGCAAAUAGAUCUCUGUGAGUUCGAGGCCA